UCUUCUGAGGGCACAUGGGUGUGGUGGCAUGGCAGCCUCUGUUUAAUUGGAAGCUGGUAGUUUUUUUUUUUUUUUUUUCUAUAACAAGCCAAAGCUGAGGAAGGGUAACGAGUAUAGCUCACUGCCGUUUUUAGACCUUUCACGCCUAUGUCGUCACAGCCGUGGUGACGCAAGGCCCUGUUUUUUCCCCAUUUUUCACCUGUGCGGUCAUGAAAGCUGCCUCUGUUCUCCCUCACGUCUCCAGCCUGUGGGUCUGGCUCCUGUGAAAACACCAGUGCCGGGUCUCUGGGCCUGGUGACAGACCUGCAGCUAUUUUUAUCCCCUUGUUCCUCCAUAUUUCUUCAGCUAACACCUCCACCCUUUCUCUGUAAACAUAGUUAUUUUUUCCAGACAACUGACUAUUCACUGUCAGUUCUUUCAGGUUCACUUCACCAUGAUCGCACAAUCACUAGAUAGAGUAGCUUUUUGUAAGGGUUGGGAGAGGAUCAUCCAUACUGCCAUUUCCUAAUUUAAUUUUUAAAGCAAGUCAUUAGGCUAAACCAAAGUAUAGAUAUACAUAAGAAUACAUUAGGCUUGAAACUUAGUCAGUUGGUAUGAAUACAAUAUCUUGUGACUACUUCUGAACCACAUUAGAGCAACAUUAGCCUGUUUAUUAAGAAAUCCCACACCGGAAACAACUGUCUUUCAUCUUUUUUUUAUUUUUCUGGUUAUGUUGGUUAUGAGCAACAAAGAGGAAGCAAUGGCUUCUUAACUUCAUGGGAACCCAUCAUGAGAACACAUCAUGAAUGGAGGUGUGUGAGCCGAAUUCUACGAAACACUGAAGGAAGAAGGUGCCUUCUUGAGAAUUCAAGUGAAAUGCUCACGGAGGCUGUCCUGGUGGUUAUGGUGUCGCUGCUCUAGAUCUUUGGGCAUACAGGCUGCUAACUUUAGACUUUUGAUCAUCAGUAACGUCACCACAGUGAUCGUGCUUGAUUAACGAUGAGUGUGGUAUUAUCACCUCCACCCUACUCCAGAAGUUUCAAGUGUGAUGUCUCUAUGCUGAUUCUGUUUUUAUCACAUCUAUAUGAAAACCUGUGAAUCAUGACUCUUAUGGUUUAGGGUAUUUAUAGAAGCAGUUGAAACAGCGGUGUUUGAAUUUUAAAAUGACCCAAAAUAGCUUAAACUGAGAAGAAUGAUCACUUGGAUGUCAUUCUGCUAUAGUCACAGUUUUUUGGCACAAUAAGUAGAAACAUACCACCCAGGUUUGCUCUCGGCGUCAUUAUGUCACACAUAGGGCCUUUUUGUACAUUUAAAUGGUCCCAGGAAGCUUUCCAUGCAUUCAGGGACAUGCUGUGAUUGUACUGUCAGAAAUUUGACAAAAUGUCCAUGACGGGGUAAAAUAGAAUGUAAAGAUUGGAAUACUUUUGUGAUGAAAUGUUUUGCCUAGUGUUUUGGAGCGUCUGUCUUAUCAGUCAGGUCUCCAGGACCUUGGUUCUCACUUCCACAGGUUCUCUGAUAAAGCCAAAGGCUGUUCUGCUAUUCGCCUCUCCAGGCAUUGUGCUCAGACGUGCAACAAAUCUCCAGCUCCUUCCGAAGUCAAGUUUGCACUUGUCUUUCAGCACUGAAGGGGAAUUCCAAGCUACAGUGUUGUGUGUUUAUAUAUGGGGGAAAAAAAACGGUUGUAUACCAUACCAUACCAUCAUGAGAUGCUGCAUAGAUGCCCUGUCGAUUUCUGUAAUAUUUCAAAUGGUGAUUUGUUUCGAACUGAUGAACAUCCAUUGAAAACAGAUGUGCAAUUCAGCCUUUUAAGUGAAGGCUACAGGAACAUGUAAAUAUUAUGAAGAGAAUGACGACGUGCUAAACAUUUGCUUUUCCCUGUGGUCAUCUCUGCUUAAGAGGAAAAGGGGGCAAUAUGAACGGGGUUUAUUUCUCGGAAGUGAUAAACCUUACUAUCACAUUGAAGUGAACAUUUAAAACCCAUGAGUUGCAGAUAAUGUGACCCUAUGGUAGAGGAUGUGCAUUUCAUAUUUGCUGAUAAAUGUACUCGUGUCUCGUGCACUCCUGUAAACGUCAUAUUCAAUAUAUUAAAGCCGUUUUUUGUGUGGUUAAAUUCAUCAAUGUCGGCUCGAAAAUAGCCGGUGGUUAAAAUAUAAACACUGGGUCGUAUCUGUGUUUCGUGACGCUCGUGUGCGAAAUCGCACCCUGGAGUAAAGUUCUGCUGCCUGCUGGCGCUCGGCUCCGCCUCGGAUGCUGCCGAUAGGCUGAGAGAGCAACAGGAGGGUAAGUAACAAGACUCCGGCUGAAGUUUACUUUUAGUGGAGAUGUGAAUGCUGAACCCAUGCUAGUUCUGUAUCGCAGCAGAGAAGUUCAGUCCAAAGAAAUCUUUGAAGUGGAGAAAUGGUUGGAGAUCAGUUCACCAUCCCUGGAGACAGCUCGUCUCUCCAUUCGCAGAGGACCUCCAAAAGUGGAUUAAGUUGUAAAAUGGUCCUGCAGGCAGUUGGUAAAGUAUUGAGGAAGUCCAAAGGAAAGCCCAAUGGAAAGAAGCCUCCCACCGAGGAGAAGAAGCAGUACCUGGAGGUCGAGUACACCAAAGUGCGGGUCGUCGACUUCGACCUCAAGGAGCUGGUCGUGUUGCCGAGGGAGAUCGAUCUCAAUGAAUGGCUAGCCAGCAACACCACAACUUUCUUCAAUCUCAUUAACCUCCAGUACAGCACCAUCUCAGAGUUCUGCACGGGGGACACCUGUCAAGCCAUGACGGCCUGCAAUACGGUAUACUACUGGUAUGAUGAGAAGGGGAAGAAGACGAAAUGCACAGCGCCACAGUAUGUAGACUUUGUCAUGAGCCUGGUACAAAAACUGGUCACAGACGAAGACAUCUUCCCAACAAAAUAUGGUAAAGAGUUCCCCAAUGCCUUUGAGACGCUGGUGAAAAAGAUCUGUCGGUAUCUCUUUCACGUGCUGGCUCACAUCUACUGGUCCCACUACAGGGAGUCGGUGGCCAUGGACCUGCACGGACACUUGAACACACUUUACACACAUUUUAUUGUAUUUAUAAGGGAAUUCAACCUGGUGGACCCCAAGGAGACCUCCAUCAUGGACGACUUGUCCGAGGUCCUCUGCACGCCGCUACCCCCCCGCACAGAACCACGUCACCGAGAGAUGAACCGGGCCCCCGGCGCACGCCUGCCGAGCCGCAGGAGGAGGAGGACCCCGGAGGACGAAGGCCAGAGCGCACCCCCAGCCCCGAGACUUGCUCGCGGCCGAGAGGGGGACUCAGAGACCUUCCACUCUCCGACUCAUUUGCUAUCUUUAGGACCCUGCCAGCAGACGGGACUGGCCGGGCAGCAGGAAACGCUGUGAGCUUUUUCACCCACUUUACCAGCCCGCCCACCUGGCCACCCCCACUGCCCCACCACAGAGGCCCUCCCACCUACUGACCCACCCAGCCAGGUCAAAACUGCAGACCAUCCUAGACUCUCUCCCACUUUUAUUUAUUUAUGUUUGGACAUCUUUGUUCCCCUCCCUCUCCCUCUCCCUACUCCCACCUCCUGAUCUUCUCUUUCCUUUUCCCAUUCUGAGGGCGUCUGUUCUACCUUUCUCCCCUCCUGUUGGGGUGGUGGCACUGCCUCUUCUGUUGUUCUGUCGUGUAAUGUUAGAUUGCGAGACCUGACAGUGUGGUGUUUUGGUUCUGCCAUGGCGGCGUUAUAUAUCUCGGCACGGGUGCCAGGAUUGGGGGGGGUGGCACCAUGCCAACCGCACCCAUCUCUACUGACGCUCCUGACUGGAGCAACGAUUCUUUCACUCUCUCUCUCCCAUCCCUUGUUUUGGUUUUCAUUUUGUUUUUUGGGACAAUGGAAGUGUGUGUGUGCGCGUGUGUGUGUGCUAGACUUCCUUUCCUCUUUAAGGCAUGUGAGCAACUCUGGGGUCCCAUGAGGCCCUUGUCACUCUUAAGGCCGUGCCAGCGACCAAUGUCCACCGCACCGCACCCCACCCUCCAGUGCACCCCCUCCCACGUGGACAGCCCUCUGCCCAGCUUGCGCUGGACCUCUGGGGGAAGAUUGGAGCACUGCGCUGUGCUCUUAGGCUGUGGGACUUUGACCAGUGUUUGUCUGUAGGGCUGUCUGACCCAAGAUGGCACACGAGGGCAUCCUGAAACCCCACUGGAGUGGCCAGGCACAAUGACAAUGACAUUGGUAUAUGUCUGCAGAUUAGAAUGUUAGAAGAGAGAAGAGCCCUGGUCAAAGUGGGGUCGAAGGGAAUCGGUCAAGCCCAGAAGCCCUUCCUCGGAUGCAAUAUCCUGUCUGUGGACACUGGGGAUGGUGGCGCAUUGUGAAUGCAGGAGAAUGCAGACAUUCUCUCAUGAUUGGAGUUAAAACAUGGUUUUACCUCUCGAUCAUGAAAAAAACAAACAUGUUAAAUUUAAAAUAAUAGAUAUAAAUAGAUCUAAAUCAUGUCUUCACAGAACUAAUUGUAUGGAAGUGUAAUAUCCCCAAAACAGAGAGGAUUGAGGUUUACCCUGCAUCACUGUACAAAGCGUCACAAACUGGAUUCUGGUUGGCGAGUUGGUUUGUGUUAUAAAGAUAAGCACCCUUUCCCCCAGUUUUAUUUAUUUUUAAAGUGUUUUAGUUUGACAUUUGCAGGGUCUUCAGUUCUGGCUUUCAUUUGUAUGUAUUUUAAUAAUGCCUAAGUUAAAAGCAAUUUAAUAUUUUAAGCUCUGCGAAUUAUAACCUAAUAAAAUAUUUAAAAAUGUU